AAAACUUCAUACAAACGAUGUAAUAUAUUAUGUAAUUAAAAUUUUAUUCUUUGUUUUGUUACUUGAUGCAGGACUGCAUGAGAAAACUGCUUGUUAAAUUAUUUUCAAGAUAUAAAGCAAUAUGAAGAUUGAACUUCUCGUCAUAACAUUUACAUAACUUGAUCAAUUUCCGCCAUGGCCAGUGUCACAAAUCGAAAUAGUAAGAAGUACAGGCACUUGGGUGUGGACGAUGACGAGGCUCCCGAUCCUGAAGAGUCGGAAGCUACCCUGCUCGUCAAAGAGCUUGCUCAAAAACAGUCGUCAAAACAAACUUCGUUGGCAGAGCAGCUGUCAUUGAAGCAAAAUUUUGUCCAGAGCCGUUCGGAUGUUCUGUCUGUUUCUCAUCUGCCAGCAGGAUCCACUUCGCUUGUGGUAUUCUCAGCUACGUCGAAACGUUUGGAUGAUGAGAAAACUCUAUUGUCAAAUGGUUUCCUGCCAGAUGAAAUCGAGUUUCUGUGGGACUUGAAGAAAGGAAAGCAGUUUGUCAAAAGCAAACACUGCAAAGUAGACCCUGCAGCCCUUGAACGAAAGAUCAAUUAUAUUCUUGGAAAACUCGGUGGUCCAGCUGAAUUCUCUUGUCCUGGGCCAGUCGAAACUGAUUUGACAUCAACAAGUGACUUGCCAUUAAAUGAUCCCCGGUAUGACGAAGAGAAUCAGAUGUCAAGAGAUAUAGAAUACAUAAAAAACGUGGACUCUCUUAAGCCAUUCUUAAAAGAAAGUGAACCAGAGCAAAUUACAUUUCUUAAAGACGGAGAGUCUCAGUGGGAUAAAAAGCAACAAAAGCGUUACAAAAAUCCUAAACUAAAUAAGGAAAUUGUUAUUAAAACUUGUGCACCUCAAUCAUACUACACCAUAAAAGAUGGCAAAACUGUUUUUUUGGGGCGCAAUGCCAUAAUUGAGGACUCAAAAGUGGGAGCGCAAGGAAAAAUUUUGCCUGGAACUUCUUAUGUGGCACCAAACCAGACAAGCUUGGUUUCUCUAGAAGUUAUUAAGAAUGAUAGAGUCGGAGAUGUUGCAGAAAUCAGGAAAAUACCUAAAUUUCAAAAUUACGAAAAAGGAACUCCUUGCAAUAUUUUGUUUGUAAAAAAUUUGGCAGCAGCAGUUUCUGAAAAUGACCUCACAGCACUGUUUGGUCAUUUUGAAAUAAAAGAGGGACCUGCCAUAGUGUACAGACUGAUGGGUGGAAAAAUGAAGGGACAAGCUUUCAUCACAUUUCCAGAUGCCGAAACAGCAGAAAAAGCGCUCAAUACCAUUAAUGGAUACCAGCUGAAAGGUAGACCAAUUAUUAUCCAGUUUGGCAGGAAAGGGGGACAUACUUCAAAUCACUAAAUUCUUUUCUUGUCAUAGAUUAAAAGGCUGAAAAUUGCAAUUAUAAUUUUUGAAUAAUAUUUAAAUAAAAAAAAUA